AUUCCCGCCCUCCUCCCUCCCUUUUCUGCUGCAGGAAGUCAACGUGCCUAAGGUGCUCGGUUCUUCAUCCGAAGCUAAGGCCCUCAAUCCGGCGACUAGCACCGCGAAAUUUAGGCAUCCGACUCUCCAGAACCAACAUCCACCAUCUACAAUGGCCUCCGUUUCCGAGCUCGCCUGUAUUUACUCCGCUCUGAUCCUCCACGACGAUGAAGUGGCCGUCACCGCUGACAAGCUGAACGCUCUGAUCAAGGCUGCCGGAGUUGCUGUGGAGCCUUUCUGGCCAACUUUGUUUGCCAAGGCCCUGUCCAGCAUCGACAUCGGUAGUCUGAUCUGCAACGUCGGAGCUGGAGGUGGAGCUCCAGCUGCAGCACCUGCUGCUGGAGCUGCUGCCGCUGGUGGAGAUGCCCCAGCUAAGGAGGAGGAGAAGAAAGAAGAGAAGAAGGAAGAGUCCGAGGAGUCUGAUGACGACAUGGGCUUCGGUCUCUUUGAUUAAAAAAGGAUGAUUUUCUAAGAAAAUACAAUAAAAAUACGAAAUGAAUGAA